AUGUGGUUGCUUCAAGCAGCAACCGCGACUCUGACGCAUUUCGCUGACACAUCCGCCGUUCCAGGCGGCUACGCCAUCCUUUCCCAUACCUGGGACCCACUCGGAGAGCAGUCUUUCCGAGAAGUCCGAGAGAUCACUCGAAGAUGCCGUGCGGAGGGUCUCGACGCUCGCGAUCACUUAUCGGCGAAGGUCCGCGACUGCUGCAUCCAAGCGGAGAAGGAUGGAUACGAAUGGGUCUGGAUCGACACCUGCUGCAUCGACAAGGACUCCAGCACCGAGCUCUCCGAGGCGAUCAACUCCAUGUUCAUCUGGUAUCUUCACGCCGAGGUGUGCUACGCUCACUUGUCCGACGUGCCGUCGGGCGAACGCGCGCGCGACUGGCUCCCCGCCUUCUGCCGCGCCCGCUGGCACAGACGCGGCUGGACGCUGCAAGAGCUCCUCGCCCCCGCGCUUGUCGUCUUCUUCUCCAGUGACUGGAAGAGACUCGGUACCAAGAACGAGCUUGCAGACCACCUCACCGGGAUCACGUCCAUUCCUUCCUCGAUCCUCACACGGCAGAUUCCCUUCUCCAACAUCCCUGUUGCGACUCGCAUGACUUGGGCAGCUCAGCGCACGACGACUCGCCUCGAAGACGAGGCUUACUGUCUUCUAGGCCUCUUCGACAUCCACAUGCCGACUCUAUACGGGGAGGACACCACUCUCUUCGCAUGGGGCGACCGGCACUCCGCGGAACGCUCAAAGUCGUUGGUUUUCGAUGAAGCGGAGUCCUCCUGCAUUGACGGUAUAUCGGAGGAUACCUCAAAACACUUCUUGUUCGCACCCUCGCCUCGCAACUUUCGAUACGCUCUCCUCGCACGGAUGUUUUACACGCCUCGGCUCUCUGCUUCGGCCGCUUUACAGCCCUACACUGCCGUCCAGUGCAAGCGUCGGAAGGAUGGACAGACUCGGAAGGCGGUUGGACCUUUCGGUCCAGGCUACGAUCUUCCAACAUUCGAGACCACCAACAUCGGGAUGAAGUGCCGCCUCCCCCUCGCAGAGAUAGGGAACCACACGAUCGCCGUCCUUUUUUGCGAGACCGAUGAAGAGCACGUUGGCCUCUUGCUCCAUCCCGUCGCGCCCGACCCCGAGCGCUCGCACCAGACAUACCACGUCGGCGCGCGCUUCGAGGACCGCUCCGAGGGCACCACGCGCUACAUCCGAGUCGUUCACCUCGGGGCGGACUUCCACAACCUCUCCUUCCGCGGCACGACCUUCCGAGCCUCCUGGCGCGAGUUCUACAUCGCGACCGCCCCGCCCGUGGCGCCCGCCCGCAGCGUCCUCACCCUCGUGCCCGACAGCGUCCCGGGCACGCCGUUCCGUGUUCCGCGUUGGCUCUACCGCCUCUUCACGGGGCUCCGGCUCCGGCCGGGGUCUGGGAUCACCUCCAGCGCCGCCGGGCUGCCGGUGCAGGUCGUCAUGUUCGCCAACAUGAACAACGUCGUGGGCGAGACGAUCGUCCUUGUGCUUGGGCUGUGCCACCGAAACUCUUUGGACGGGAGGCCAGCACACUGGGCGACCGUGCAGGUCAGCGGGACUGGACCACGCAUUGACGUGUCGGAGGAUGGGGCGACGCGCACGCGGCUCAAGACCGCGAUGGCCGACAUCCUCGAGCGGUCAAAAGCCGGAUUUCGAGGCUGGUGGUCGCCCUCCAGGUGCCAGCACGGCACCAUCGAGUCGGCCGCCGAGCCGUCGGUCCACACCUCCACUCCCAUCCCUCGCUUCCCGCGGUCCGCCCACCCCGCUCCCCACAGCCACCGCGGCUCGCCGCGCAUCGAAGCGCACGUCUGCCCGGACGACCACGUCGACUUCUGGCCCGGGUGGACGCGCGACUUCGGCGCCCCCGCGCGCACGGUCCGGCUCUCGUUCGCGCGCUGCCCGCACGAGCCGCACACGACGCGCGUCGUCCACGCGGAGCUCCGCGGGCGCGCGUUCGAGCGGCUCCUCGCGGAGCACGGCGGGGGCGUGUCCGUCGCCGUCCCGCCGCGGCCGCGGCUCGGGGGCGGGGACUUGAGGGCAUCGAUGCGGUCGAGGGAGGAGAAGGGGGGCGACGGAGCGGCGACGGUUCUGGGAGGAGACGAGGAGGACAUGGAAGAAGCACAGUCCGGUGUCGAGGCGUGCAGUGUCGUGGCGGCCUUUGCGGAGACUGUAGAUGAGGAGAACGGCAGCGACACAGUCGUUUGA